GGGUGCAGGGAGACGGCGGCCAUUUUGUUUCGUCAGACGCCGCGGCGAGCGAGAGGAAUUUUCUUUAUAGAAUCCAAAGUGUCCCUUUUUUUUACCUUUCGCCAAUCGGUUGGAGCCGUGCAUGUAUUUAUUGUUUUCCUUCGCGUGGUCUCUCGCAUUACUGAGCCGUUUUUACGGUCGGUGGUGGUGCAUUUUUUUAGAAGAAAAUUUUAAAAAAACAGUUUUAAUUUAAAAACACGGGGAUGAGUUCGUUGGACGUACGGAAACUAAAAGUGAACGAGCUCAAGGAGGAGCUGCACAGACGUGGCCUUGACACAAAGGGCCUCAAGGCGGACUUGCAGGAGCGGCUGCAGGCAGCUUUGGACCGUGCCGCUGAGGAGGAACGAGUAGCGGUAGCAGCAGCCGCCGCCGCCGCCGCCGAACAGCAACGACAAGAGGAGGCGGAGAGAUCCCGGUCAGGUAAUGUGUCUGAUAUUCGGGAAGCCUGUUAUGGCAGAGAGCAGAACUCCUUCAUUCAAUGUGAAAACCAAGGUGGUGACAUUGGAAGGCAUGAGCAAGGAAUUGCUGAGAGAACGUUUGAGAAGCCACCCAUCGAGCAAGCAACAGCACCAUUGGGUAACUCAGAAUUGCAACCAGUCGAAGUAAAACAGGUGCAUGUGGAUCAAAGAGACAUCAAACAGGAAAUACAGAUGAACAGAAAGAGACCAUACUCUGAUCAGGGGCAUGGAUAUUAUGAAUACAGAGAGGACAGGAAUUACAGCCGAGCAAAAUCACCCCAGCCACCUGCAGAAGAUGAUGAGGAAGACUUUGAUGAAUCCUGUGUGGCCAUUGAUACCUAUAACUGUGAUCUGCACUUUAAAGUGGCUAGAGACCGCUUGAGUGGCUACCCCUUGACUAUUGAAGGAUUUGCAUAUCUGUGGUCAGGAGCACGAGCAACAUAUGGGGUCAACAAGGGGAAAGUUUGUUUUGAAGUUAAGAUUAAUGAAGAGAUUGCAGUUAAGCAUCUUCCACCAACUGAGCCUGAUCCGCAUGUGGUCCGUGUUGGUUGGUCACUUGAUUCAUGCAGUACCCAAUUAGGUGAGGAAGAAUUCUCGUACGGGUAUGGAGGGACUGCAAAGAAGUCAACAAGCUGCAAGUUUCAGGACUACGGAGAGCGAUUUUCUGAAAAUGAUGUGCUUGGAUGUCUAAUUAAUUUUGAAGCUGGGGAGGAUGUAGAGAUGUCCUUUACAAAGAAUGGAAGGUGGCUUGGUGUGGCAUUCAGAGUCAAGAAAAUGGCUCUUGGUGGGCGACCCUUGUUUCCACAUGUGUUGACAAAGAACUGUGCGAUUGAGUUCAACUUUGGACAGAAGGAACCAUGGUGCAGACUUCCUGAUGGCUUCGUGUACAUUCAACAUGUACCUCUGGAUGAGCGUAUACCAGGCACUUUAGGACCAAAAACCAAGUCAGAGUGUGAGAUCCUGAUGAUGGUUGGCCUGCCUGCAGCUGGGAAGACGACAUGGGCUAUUACACAUGCAGCUCGCCAUCCUUGGAAGAAAUACAACAUCCUUGGAACAAAUGCCAUCAUGGAUAAGAUGAAGGUGAUGGGUCUUCGCCGUCAACGCAAUUAUGCAGGCCGUUGGGAUGUCCUAAUCCAGCAGGCUACUCAGUGCUUGAAUCGCCUCAUCCAGAUUGCUGCUCGCAAGAAACGUAACUACAUACUUGACCAGACAAAUGUUUAUGGAUCAGCACAGAGACGAAAAAUGCGUCCUUUUGAAGGGUUUCAACGCAAGGCUAUUGUAAUUUGUCCCACGGACGCCGAUUUAAAACAACGGACAAUAAAGCGCACUGAUGAGGAAGGAAAGGAUGUUCCUGAUCAUGCAGUUUUAGAAAUGAAAGCGAACUUCACCCUGCCCGAGGCCGACGAGUUCCUGGAUGACGUCACCUAUGUAGAGCUGCAGAAGGAGGAGUCGCUGAAGCUGGUGAGUGAAUACAACGAGGAAGGGAAAAGGGCCGGCCCUCCUCCGGACAAGCGAUUCGACAACCGUGGCUUCCGUGGACGUGGAAACUUCAACCGGUUUGACAAUCGCGGCGGGCAGGCAACACGUGGGUUCACCCGUGGUGGAUUCCGACCAGGCUACAAUCGUGGAAGUAACACGCAGAGCCGUUGGACCAACAGCAGCACCAACAACCGCGGUACCUACAAUCGAACUCCGACCUACAACUCAACCCGCACAGCCACCUACAACAAACCCACUUACAAUCAGAGUCAGCCAGCACCUACGCCAGCAGUACCACCAACAACAACACCGACAACAUAUGCUCAGAGUUACACUCAGGGCUACAGUCAAGCAUACACUCCCAGUUACAGCUACGGAAAUUAUAGCAGCUAUGGGAACUAUAACCAAGCCUACACUCAGCCCCAGACUGCAACGCAACCUUAUGCCCCACAGUACCCCAACCAGUACCAGCAGUAUGCACAGCAGUGGAGCCAAUAUUACCAGAACCAGAGUCAGUGGAACCACUACUAUGGGAACUACAGCUAUGGGAAUUACUCAGGAGGAUCUCAGGGCACUGGGACACAGCAGUAAAACCCAAAUUCUAAAGCUACCGUCACAAAACCCUUUUUUUAAAAAAAAAGAACACAGAAUUAUUCUACUAGCAGUCUGUUGUAUUUAAGAUUUAAAAGCUGCAUCAAGGUGUGAAACACACCAGUUUUCAGUCAUUUUAUUGUGUCGAUAUAGUAGUAGUGAUUGUAAAGUUGAAAAAAUUACAAAGGAGAAGGAAUAAACCGUUUAAAGAUUCUAAGAUGUUUCGUGUAAUGAAGCCUUUUUAGAUUUCUAUGUAACUUUUUACUGUUAAUAAGCUGUUGAUAUUUUGUCAGUAAUUAAUGACAAAAUUUCUUCAAAAUAAUUAGAACCUUGAAUAUGUUAACUUUUUUUAUAUAAUGUAUAACUACUCAUGUGACUUUGCUUGUGCAUUUACGUUGAGUCUGGUUGAAACAGCUUUUUGUAUCUGGGGAAGAUUUAUGACUGAAUGACACACACACACACAGCUUUUUGGUGUUACUGCUGUCAAUAACGUCUUGUAAGAACUUGUGUUUGUGUGAAAUAUAAUUAAGGGCCCAGGGAAUAUUUUUUAUCUCAAUGUUGGGUUUUAGUAUCGCAUCUAUCUUGGGUAACGAACGCUCAGAACUAUCUCUGGACAUGCUUCAGGUCUGGCAACUGUGCUAAUUGUAAAAAGCAGGGAUUCAAAUGAAGAACUAAACACUCCACAUUGUGUACAAACCAAACCAAAUCAUUUUACAAUAUCAUUCAGGCAGUCAAUUUGUUUCACUGCCACUUUGGCUGAUGAACUGAAAAAAAUUGUCUUCCAUCUCCAAAAGCUGACAAACAUAUACUGUUAAUAAAAACAAAUCUGCCUAUCUCUUGGUUUUUGGGUAUGUUUUGCUUCACUUGCUUCACACAGUCUUGGUCCCUGAAGGGAGUAUUGUAUGUAUCUGGUUGGACCUGAAGAAGUGGGUGUGGGGAAAGAGAGCGUGUGGCCGAAUAUCUAUCCUUCCUGAGGUGCUGUGCACGAGGAAGGUAAGUGAAAAUAUUCCAAGACUUGUUGCGACAGCAAAUACAUGGUAACUUUGUAACAUAAGCCUUUUGUCACAAAAUUCCACGGUAGAACUUGUGAUCUCCACGUGUGGAACAAAUUGUCUUUAUUUGAAAUGUUCUAAAUAAGAAAACAAUUUUUGAAAGGCAUGGUUUGUGAGCUGGAGGUGAAUAACUUGAUCCAAAUCUAGACAUAAAAUGCCAACCUAGAUAAAUUUACUCAGAGUUGAUUGGACCAGCAUGAUGGCUGAAUGGCCUCCUGUGCUGUAUUAUUAAAUAAUUAGAAUAUUUAAUUUAAUUGUGUUUACUCCCUGCAUGUUACUUGGUCACUAAGUAUUUUCGACUGAAGUUAGUCAUUAUGGGAUCACGCAUUUCUCUGCAUUUGAGGAUAUUAUUAUCACAGGGAACUGAAUUUCGAACAUUCAAUUUACCUAUUUUUCUCCACUCUCCUGAUAACUUGUCACUUGAGGGAGUAGCUCAAGUAACUUCUAAUAACCUGUUUUGGGCAGGCAUGAUGACAUUCACGGGCUCUUGGUUUGAAAUAAAUAAUAUAGAGGGUUAAAAGUGAUCAAAAAUAUACAGAGAGGGUUCCCCUGGUGAGUGAGAAGAUGCCCACAGUGAGUCGCUGAACUGUAUAGGUUUGCUAGGUCCCAGCUUUGACCCUUGUGAGGGACAUUUUUUUUUUGCUACCUUCACAGCCUAAGUGCAAUAGAUCACAUGCCUGUUCAGAAGCCACUUGACUUUCAGUCCAGAAAUGUAUGUAUUGAAAAUUGGGUGUGAUCGUUGAAUAAUGAAGUGAGCCAAUUCAUAUAACAGUGUAGCCUAGAGCUGCUUGCUUUGGCAGAGGGAGAGAUCUCGUGACUUGGCCCUACUGAGAGGCUGUGUGGAUCAUUUUAUAACAGAUUUUUAAAAUGGUGUUCUGCAAUUUCAGAAUACCUGUUAAUGGAAUACAAGGCUAAUUGGAAAUGGUACUAAAGGCAAAUUAAUUAUAGGAUUACAACAGAAGGUGAGGAGGAGGGGGAAAAAUCUCUUAAAAACUUUCAGAAAUUAUUGUAUACAAGAUGGUGGCCUGCACUGUAGUGACCCACAGACUACUGAUGGUGUGUUUUAUUUCACUUUACAGAUAGCUUACAGAGAUAAGAUUGCAUGUCAUGGGAAAGUGCUUUUUUUUUUGUAAAUUUAAUACUAGUUUUGUGUUGUCACUGAUUCAUAUAGGAAAGCGCUUCUCCAUUCUGAUACAGAGGCAAAAGCCAUUUAUUACAAGAAUAUUUGUUAAGUAGUCCUAGGAAUAAUGUUCACCAAGAUGCCUAUGUCCUACCAGGCUGUCAGUCUAGAGUAAUGCUUCAUAAUGUGCAAACAAUGCUUUCUUUCCCUGUUGAUAAUCUACCAUUUAACUUUACAUUUGGUUAAGUUCAAAAGCUUUUACUUUGUGACUUUGUCAGUACUUUGUUACACUGAAUAAGAUUGAACAAUUAUGUUUAAGCAAAAAAACCAUUAAAAAUGAAUUUUAAACUGA